UCGCUUUGUUUACCUAAAUGUCAGCCUGCUGGGACAGCUGAGUUCAUUUACCUCCCCAUUAGUCAGAGUAAACUGUUCCAAAACAGGCAGCAUUUCAGGGCUGUGAAGCGAGCAUGACCAGUGGCAUCUGUGUAUUUGCCCUGUCUUCCCUCCUUGGUGUCUCACUGAGUGUGGAAAUGACCGGGUUAUAUGGCAGCUUCGCCUCCCCUGAAUUCCCGCAGCCAUACCCUGACAACCAGCUCGUGGUGUGGAACAUAACCUCUCCGCAUGGCCACCGCAUCAAGCUCUACUUCACCCACUUCAGCUUGGAGCCCUCCAAUCAGUGUGAGUACGACCACAUCCAGGUUUUGGCGGAAGGGAAUGAAACCCUGCGGUUCUGCGGCGAGGAGGAGAAGAACCACGAGAGCACCCCCAGGAACACCAUCAUCAUGUCAGCCGGGAACGUCAUGUCGGUGGUCUUUAGGAGUGACUACUCUAAUGAAGGCCGAUUCACUGGCUUCCAAGCGUUUUACACCUCAGAAGAUAUCAACGAGUGCCUGUCCAGGGUAGAUGGCGAGCGAGUAUGUGACCAUUUCUGCCACAAUUACAUUGGCGGCUAUUACUGCACGUGCAAGCAGGGACACCUUCUCCAUGACAACAAGAGAUCCUGCACAGUGCCCUGCAAAAGCCAGGUGUUGACGUCAGCAUCUGGAGCUCUGACUAGUCCUGGCUACCCAAACCCCUAUCCACCCAUGAGCCAGUGCGAUCACACCAUCAGUCUGCCAGAGGGCUCCAGAAUCAUCUUGGACUUCUUGGAACCUUUUGACAUAGAGGGACACCCCGAAGCCCCCUGUCCAUAUGAUAUGCUAAAGAUUUCAACAACUGGACAAGAGUAUGGACCGUUCUGUGGCUUGGCACCACCAGACUCUAUUGAUACUGGAAGUUACCAAGUGCAUGUGGCGUUCAGGUCUGACUCUACCGGGAAAAACAAGGGAUGGAAGAUCAAAUACACCAGCACCAAAGCUGAAUAGCUUUCAUAACUUCAAAACUGAUGACUUCCUGCCUGGAUAAUAUUUUCCUCUGCAAGUUUUAAGAUAUGUUUGUUUUUUUUUGCUAUUAAUAAUUAUAACAGUCUAACUUUUGUUAUAUUUUUCUGACGUUUUGAACCAAUACAUUGAAAAUAAAAUGCACAUGACCUGCAAA